AUGAACGAAAACAAAGCGGUUUCAGAAAAAGAGCUUUUGGACGCGAUAAAAAAUCUUUUGAGGAAGAGCGGUCACCUGAAUAAAUUUCAAGCAGAGAUGCGGGCGAAGAUAACUGAAAUACUCCAAGAGAGGCAAGUGGCUUUGAAUCCUGGCUACAAAAACACAGGUGCUCCAAAACCAACAGAAGAGGUAAUUCUAAUUAACGAGUUGAUACGAGAAUACUUGGAGUGGAAUGGGUAUUUAUAUACAGCGUCUGUGAUGAGCUCAGAAGCCGGAAUGUCACCAGUGAAACGACCAAGACGAGAUCUCUGCGCUGAAGUAGGAGUAAAAGAUGAUGAGAAAUCCUCGGCUUUACCACUUUUGUCCAAUAUUAUUGCAGCGUAUACAGAGAGAAUUAAACGCAAAAUCAAUAGAAUGAAGAAGGAUGCUGUCCAGUAUCCAAGUGAAUAA